UCAUCUGGCCACACUGAUUUCCCACCAUCUGCCGCUUCCCGCGCAUUUCUUAAGAUAAGCCAACUUCUUUUCGGCUUGCUACUCGGUUUUCACUCGUUUAAAAACCGCCGUAGCAACAAAACGUGAAAUCCUGCUUCGGUAUUAAUUUCUCUUUUCGGAGCCAAUCCCCACCGACACAACAGAGACAAAAUGCCGCGUCGAAAGGCCCAGCCGAACAACAACAAUGAUGGGGAGUCGGAUGCGAAGCCCAUGCCGGCUAAGCGCUCCCGCAUCGCGUUCCACUUAGAGCUGCCCACCCGGCGGACGACGCUUGGCAAUGUGCUGGUCUGCGGCAUGGGCGACAUCGGCCAGCUUGGUCUCGGCGAAGAUGUGAUGGAGCGCAAGCGUCUGACCCUGGUGGAGGACAUACCUGAUGCCGUGGAUAUCUGUGCCGGCGGUGUGCACAACCUGGUGCUGACCAAAAACGGGGACAUUUAUUCGUUCGGCUGCAACGAUGAAGGCGCUCUGGGUCGCGACACCAGCGAGGAGGGCAGCGAGUCAAGGCCGGCCCUGGUCGAAUUGCCUGGCAAGGCGCUGCGCAUUUCGGCGGGAGACUCGCACUCGGCGUGUAUCCUGGAGGACGGGCGCGUCUACGCUUGGGGCUCUUUCCGCGACUCGCACGGCAACAUGGGCCUCACCAUCGACGGUAACAAGCGAAUGCCCAUCAAUCUGCUGGAUGGUCAGUUGUGCAACAGCAUCGCCUCGGGCGCCGAUCACUUGGUGAUCCUGACCACCACUGGAAAGGUGUACACCGUGGGCUGUGCCGAACAGGGACAACUGGGCCGCAUCUCGGAGCGUUCCGUCGGCGGAGAGGGCCGCCGUGGCAAGCGUGAUCUUCUGCUGCCCGCCCAGGUCAUCGUCAAGCGGACCAAGCCGAUGGAGGCCAUUUGGGCCACCAACUUCUGCACUUUUAUGCGCGAAUCGAGCACGCAGAUCAUCUGGGGCGUGGGCCUCAACAACUUCAAGCAGCUGGCCCACGAGAAGGAGACCGAUCGCGUGCUCAUUCCCCUUAAAACAGAUUUAAAGGACGUGAAGCAGAUUACCGGCGGAAUCCAUCACACCAUAGUGCUGACAACAGACCUAAAGUGCUCCGUUGUGGGUCGUCCGGACUACGGGCGCCUGGGCCUAGGCCCAGACAUCAAGGAUGUGGUGUCCAAAUUGACUCCUGUUACAAAACUAAAAGAAAAGAUCGUCUACGUGGGCUGCGGCGAAAUCUGUUCAUAUGCCAUCACCGAAGACGGCAAGCUGUAUUCUUGGGGCUUGGGUUCCAACAGCCAGCUGGGCAUCGGUGAUGGAGAUGAUGAGGUGGAACCAGUCCUGGUAGCCAGCAAGAACACACAGAACAAGCGCAUACUGCUGGCCACCGGCGGUGGACAGCAUGCCAUCUGCCUGGUUGAGGCGGAGGAGCAGGCGGCGGCGAGCAGCAGUAAUGGGCAAGCGGAGAAGUCACCGGCUGGCGGCAAGAAGGCCGAGAAGGAUAAGGCGACGCAGCCAAAGUCGGAGAAGGAUGAGAAGCCCAAGAAGCCGGCUGCCAAGCAGGGUUCCUCCAACGGCAACAAAGAUAAGUCACCGGUUUCACAGGAAGAUGUCGAGAUGACGACGCCCAAGAGUAGCGAUAAAAGUGACAAGCCCGAUCAGCCGCAGAAGGAUGAGAAGCCCAAGAAGGCGGCUGCCAAGCGGGGUCCCAAAAAGAAAUAGGUUUAAGAUUUACCAACAAACGUUGACUUUUUUGGCCGCAUUGUGGCGGCUUUUCUUUUACGCUUACAUCCCUACACGUUAUCCGUUUAGAUUUGAGUUUUUUUCGUUUAAAUUAUACUGAGAAUGCAGCUUUUGAGUUUAAACUUUGAACACAGUAAUUCAACCAAUAAUUGUUUAUUAAAUAAAUACGUUUUGAAUACGAAA